AUGUGGCCCCCCCUCGUCCUGCUGCUCCUGCUCACGGCGGAGAGGACGGCUCACAGCACCUUCCCCGAGGAGCCCAGCCCCAUCGCCGUGGCAAACGAGGACUAUGUGAAGCACUACGCUGUGUUCGUGGGCCAUGGCAGCAGCCGGCCGGGCGGCCCUGAGGGGGGUGGCACCGAACGCCUCAACAUCCAACGUAUCCUCAAGGUCAACAGGACCCUCUUCGUUGGAGACAGGGACAACGUCUACCGUGUGAGCCUGGAGCCCACUGCUGGCAGUGAGAUGCGCUAUCACCGGAAGCUGACUUGGAGGUCAAACCAACACGACAUCAGCAUCUGCCGGAUGAAGGGGAAACACGAGGCAGAGUGCCGAAACUUCAUCAAGGUGAUGCUGGUACGGAACCAGAACCUGCUCUUCGUGUGUGGCACCAAUGCCUUCAACCCCAUCUGUGCCAACUACAGCAUGGACACUCUGGAGCCCGUUGGGGACAAUAUCAGCGGCAUGGCACGGUGUCCCUACGACCCCAAGCACGCCAACGUGGCACUGUUCACAGGGGGGAUGCUCUUCACAGCCACAGUGACAGAUUUCCUGGCCAUCGACGCCGUCAUCUAUCGCAGCCUGGGUGACAGCCCGACCCUGCGCACGGUUAAACACGACUCCAAGUGGUUCAAAGAGCCCUACUUUGUGCACGCGGUGGAGUGGAGGAGCCACGUCUACUUCUUCUUCCGGGAGAUCGCUAUGGAGUUCAACUACCUGGAAAAGGUGGUGGUAUCCCGAGUGGCUCGGGUGUGCAAGAACGACAUGGGGGGGUCACAGAGAGUGCUGGAGAAGCAGUGGACAUCCUUCCUCAAGGCUCGGCUCAACUGCUCCGUGCCGGGUGAUUCACACUUCUACUUCAAUGUCAUCCAUGCUGUGACGGAUAUCCUGGAGCUCAACGGGCGCCCCGUGGUGCUCGCCGUCUUCUCUACGCCCACCAACAGCAUCCCCGGCUCGGCUGUGUGUGCCUUUGACAUGACCCAAGUGGCUGCUGUCUUCGAGGGGCGUUUCAGAGAGCAGAAAUCGCCAGAGUCCAUCUGGACAGCUGUACCUGAGGACAUGGUGCCAAAGCCCCGACCGGGGUGCUGUGCGGCCCCGGGGAUGCGCUACAACUCCUCCAGCACCUUCCCCGAUGAGAUCCUCACCUUUGUGAAGACGCAUCCUCUGAUGGAUGAAGCGGUGCCGUCCCUGGGCAACGCGCCCUGGAUUGUCCGCACCAUGAGUCGGUACCAGCUCCGCAAGAUUGUGGUGGACAACGCGGCAGGACCAUGGGGCAACCACACCGUGGUCUUCCUGGGCUCCAGCACAGGCACCAUCCUCAAGUUCCUCAUCCAUCCUAAUGCCACCAGCAGCCCGGCGCCUGCACCCCCCGGCAGCCAAAGCGUCUUCCUGGAGGAGUUUGAGACCUACCAGCCUGGGAGAUGUGGCCGGGACACAGAGGAUGAGCGGAGACUCCUGGGUCUGGAGCUGGACAAGGCAGCUGGGUCCCUGCUGCUGGCCUUCCCCCCCUGUGUGGCCAGGGUGCCCGUGGCUCGCUGCCAGCAGCACUCAGGCUGCAUGAAGAGCUGCCUUGGGAGCCGGGACCCGUACUGUGGCUGGACACCUGAGGGCUCCUGUGUCUUCCUGGAGCCCAGCCCCAGGACAUCUUUCGAGCAGGACAUCUCUGGUGGCAGCACAUCGCAUCUGGGCGAGUGCGAGGGGCUGGUGACAGAGAGCUUCGUGGACGAGCCGGACGGGCUGGUAUCAGUGAACCUGCUGGUCAUCUCCUCGGUGGCCGCCUUCGUCAUCGGCGCCGUUAUCUCUGGCUUCAGCGUGUGUUGGUUCAUCGGCCACCGGGAUCGCAAGGAGCUGGCGAGGCGCAAGGACAAGGAGACCAUCCUGGCACACAGCGAGUCGGUGGUGAGCGUCAGCCGGUUGGGAGAGCGGCGAGCGCGUGGCGGGCAGCCCGGAGCGCUGCUGGCCCCGCUGAUGCCCAACGGCUGGCCCAAGGAGCUGGGCAAGGCGAGCCAACACGACCUGGACUCGGGCGUCCUGCCUACACCGGAGCAAACCCCGCUGCAGCAGAAGCGUUGCCCCGGUGCCCUCCAGAACUGCACCUGGGAGCAGAGUCACAACAUCAUCAACGCCGCGCUGCGGGACCCUGGUGCCAGCGGCACGCGGCUGCACGCCGGCGCCGGCCGCUCCGCCCGCGGCAUUCCCCUCUCCUGCCACGCCAUCCUGGUGGAUCAGGAGCUGGAGGCCGAACUCAGCGACUCCUCGGGUGACGGGCACUGGGGACGGGAUCACCACGAGGGUCCCCGCACCCGACAGCACCCCCCCGCCGGUGCCCGCCGUCCUCCCCGCAGCUCCUAUGGCGACUUUGGGGGCACCCCGCGCCCCAGCCCUGACCGUCGGCGCGUGGUUUCGGCGCCUGGUGGGGAAGGGGGGGACUUUGUGGAGGGGCCGCCGUGGCGCCCCGAGCAGCUGAACUUCAAUGCCAACAACGGCACCCAACGCCCCGGUGCCCACCUCAAGAGGAACCACACAUUUAACAGCGGCGAAGCGCCGGCAGGCGGCUAUGGGCAGCACGGCACGGCACCACGGGCACCCGGUGCGGGACCCCCCCGGGCACUCACGGACCUGCACCACCUCCUGCGCUAUGGCAUGGAGCGGACUCCCUCGGGCAAAUAG